UUCCAUGGUCACUGUUAAGACUUUCUAAAAGGAGACAUAGUGGAACUGAUGAGGUAGCUGAGUCAAAUGUUUCAUUAGGUGGGUAAUGUAUAGUGCAAGAGCAUAGUAACAGAGAGGCUAAUACAAAGAGAUGUUACGCUGGACAGCUUUGGCGUGGUCUUGUUUGCUGGUGUCAGAAAUGUAUGAAUUUAACUCAAUAAUGCAAACACAGAAGAAAUGACAAAGAAAGAAGAAAGACAUUUUUGAUGUCUUUAUAUCAAGUGGCAACUCCCCCUGAUGUCCAGCAUUCGGAAAAUCUGUAUAGCCAACACACGGUCACAUAUUCUAGGAGCUGCAAAGAAAUUCGUGACAACUAUGGCAUCACUCAAGAUGGCCUUUACUUCUUAACCUCCAGCAGUGGUGUCACUUACCAGACCUUCUGUGACAUGACCACCGCUGGUGGUGGCUGGACUCUGGUGGCCAGCGUACAUGAGAACAAUUUGUUUGGGAAGUGCACUGUGGGGGACCGCUGGUCCAGCCAGCAAGGAGACAACCCAAAUUUGCCUGAAGGAGAUGGCAGCUGGUCCAAUAAAGUCACCUUUGGCACAGCAGAGGCAGCAACUUCUGAUGACUUCAAGAAUCCAGGAUAUUAUGACAUAACUGCUGAGGAUGUGUCAAUAUGGCAUGUUCCCAACAACUCUCCUGUGAAUCAGUGGAAUAUGGCCGCCAUUCUGAGAUACCACACUUCAAGGAAAUUCUUAACACUUCAUGGAGGAAACCUUUACAACUUGUUCAAGAGCUAUCCUGUUAAAUACAAAGCUGGUAUCUGCAACACCGACAAAGGACCAGUCAUUCCCAUUGAGUAUGAUUUUGGAAGCGAUGAAUCUGUCACUAAACUGUAUGGCCCCAACACCAAAACACAGUUUGAGCCAGGAUUCAUCUCAUUCAGAGUUUUCAACCACGAACAAGCUGCCAUGGCAAUAUGCUCUGGAGUCAAAGCUACUGGAUGCCACCUUGAACAUUUCUGUGUUGGAGGGGGUGGCCACUUCCCAGAGGGAGAGGGAAGACAAUGUGGAGAUUUCACAUCCUUUGACUGGGAUGGCUAUGCAACUCAUGCUGGGUGGAGCGCAUCAAAGGAAGUGACAGAGGCUGCCAUGCUGAUAUUUUAUCGCUAAGUCAGACAUGAUAAACUAAUAAAACUACUUACUGUGAAGCCUAGGUUAAUAUUUAGGGGUUAUACAUACAUUUCAGCACACUUUUAAUGUUUCACAUUUACCUUUAUUCACUUUUAUUUUGUCUGUCUUUUCAUUUAGUGAUCAAAAUGGUCUUUGAAUCAUCAGAUUCUGUACAUGGUCUUAACAGACUGUUAAUUGAUUAACUAUAUAAUCCUAAACACUGGUAGUGCUAUGGAUUUACAGUAUAUGGACAGCAAUAACCAUCAGAUCAAUCAGAAUGUACUGUUUCCAAGUUCCCAAGAUUGAAUCAUUCUUGAUUAAAGAAUUAAAAUGGUCAACUGUUCAUGUCUUCAUGAACAGUUUAUUGUAAAAAACAUUUUUUUAAAUACCUUGUAUAUUUUAUUUUUGGUCAGACAAUACUGUAGCUCAAAGUGGUGAGUUAGUGGGGUAAAUAUAUUAUGACUUUUGACAUUCACCAAGAGUUAGGUUCUUUGUGGGGUCUCCAACAGAAAUAACCAAAGACCUUGAGGUUCACACAUUAAAUAUAUUUGAUUCUCACCCAAUUAAUCAUAUAAACAUAAUUUGGAUACAUUUGGAUCUCACAUGGAUACACAAUAAAGUAUGAUUUUUUCCCCCUAAUUUUUCUGCUGUAUUAUUCAAAUGUCCCUGUGCCCCAAGUUGUGCCAACUAAUUUUAUUGUCAGUUUGUUCACUAGUUUGUUAGCUAAGUUACUGAAUAGGUGACUAUCUUAAUUAUGAUUUCCCUCUAGCAGUGCUGUCUCUGGCCCAAGGAAAAGUAUGACUGUGCAUAUUUUUAUUUAUUACAUCUUUACAUGAUAUUAUUUACAUAUAUGUUUAGAUCAAAAAAUGUUCACAUUCAGUAUCUACAAAACUGCAUCCAUAUGUCAAAGUGGUUAGAUAUUCCUGUAUUUUUGUAAAGGGAAGUGAGUCCCAUAGGUAUAACUUGGUGCAUUUCUGUUCGCAUUUGUUACAAUCAUCCUAGUCACCAGGUAUCUUCAUUACAAACCAUCUUCUGUGCCAGCAACAAUGCAUGGGUGUUGUUUUUUUGUUUGUUUUUUUGUUUUUUUGGUCAUGGCAGACAAGUUUCAUUGUUUUAGAUGUUUAAUACCUGACAAAAUGGACUAUGAUAGUGGCCAUACAAUCCCUUCUUUUCGUUGAACCCUACCUGAUUUGUUCUUUAGGCAGUGAUAGGAUUUUUCAAGUUGUUAGUCAGCUAUAGCAGGAUGUGAGCAAGACUCUAAAGUCUUAAACAAUGAAUGCUCUACAUCAGUGUCACAAGUAGCUUAUUUUGUGUAGUUUAAUUUAAUUUGUGUUCCUGACAUGGAAAUACGAGUUAUAAAAUCAAGAAAAUGCAAAAUAAAUCAAUAGUCUACCAUGUCUCUAUGGUGUAUACUUUUGAUGUUUGAGUGGAAAUGGCCUUUUUGGACCCUGACACCAAGCAGCUAACUAUAUCGCUAGAUAAAAAGAUCACACGGUUUUGUAAAAUUAAAAUUCAUACUGUCCUUCAUCCCUGUUCUAUUAUGCAAAAGUUUAGUGAGUAUGAACUCAUGAUUAAACACCCUUAU